AUGCCUCCUAGCCGCUCAGAAUACCAGCCCCUGGCACAGUCGAUUGAUGAAGAGGAGGAUGUCGCCGAGAGUCUGCAUACCACUUCGACGCGGACUCUUCAACGUUCGCAUAGGCCAGCCAAAAUUGAUCUGAGUAAGCUGGAUAAUGCGUUCAAGAGAUGGACGGAGUCCAUUGCUCAGAGAGUGAAGAGGAAGAAGAAAGUGGAAGACAACUCGAAGAAAGAGAUUAUACAGUCUAUCUUUGGUCCGCCAGUCGUCCCUCAACCCUCAGCUUCAGGACUCAUCAAGACUCUGGACCACAAGCCCCCCAUGACUCAGGCUGACUUUGAGGCCAUUGUACAGGCUGUCAAGAGGGCUAUUUCGGAAGGUAUCCAUCCUAAGAUGAUCACGAAGGGUUCGUCAGGGUCCUACUUUGCUCGCGCCAAGGUGGACGGGCGAGUGCAGACAGUGGCAGUCUUCAAGCCCAAGGACGAAGAACCUUACGGCAGACUUAAUCCGAAGACGACCAAAUGGCUCCAUCGCCAAUUCCGAUGGAUCAUUCCUUUCGGCAGGGCGUGCCUAAUCCCGAAUCUGAGCUAUAUAUCAGAAGCUGCGGCAUCUUUGCUUGACCGUAGACUGGAGUUGUACAUCGUUCCCCGAACUGAACUAGUGUCACUCUCUAGUCCGGCUUUCUUUUAUGACUGGAUAGACCGCACAGCAGCAAAGAAAGGGAAGCCUCUGCCCGAGAAGAUCGGUAGCAUGCAGUAUUUCCUGCAUGGAUAUACAGACGCUUCUGAAUUUUUACGCAAACAUCCUUGGCCUGGUCGGGCUAUAGCAGACACAUUCGACGACGAUACCCACAGGAAGGGCAAUUUCACGAAACGCUGCUUAAGCACCGUCAAGAUUAUUUGUGGCAGGACCGGUGACGAUGACGACCAAUAUGAGGAUGUCGAGGGUGACGAAUUGUUUGAUCCGAGUGAAACUAAUGAGCCCGGGAGGCCGUUCUAUUGGUCUCAAGCAUUACAGCAGAGCUUCCGAGAAGAGCUGGAAAAGUACAUGUUGACGAUCAAAGACUAUUUAAUGCUCAACACCGACCGGGGGGCGGACAACUACAUGAUCAAAUACUGCGAAGCUCCUCUCGAGAGGUCCCUCGUAGACGUAGCGCCGUCGCGCUCAAACCGUCUGGAGAUGCCACAAAUGAGCGAGCUGCGUAGGACCGAGUCCGCCGCCCCUUCCCCCGUCAUGUCGUCCAGCCCAUCCAUGCCGUCUAUUUCCAAAUCGGAGUCGGUGCCCGAUCUGAACAAGCCGUACACGAAACAGCCGCACAUCCACAUCGCCGCCAUCGACAACUCGCUGAGCUUCCCAUGGGAGCACCCGCACGGCUGGCGGUCGUACACGUACGGAUGGUUGUAUUUACCUGUCAGCAUUAUCGGUAGACCUUUCGGACAGAAGACUAGAGAUCAUUUCCUCCCCCUGUUGACAUCGAAAGAGUGGUGGGAGGAGACGACGUUCCAACUCCGGAAAUUGUUUGCGAUCGAUCCAGAUUUCCAUCCCAAGAUGUUCUCGAGACAGCUUGCUGUCAUCAAGGGCCAGGCUUGGAACAUUGUUCAAUCCCUGAAACACGAGGUAGGGCCCCUUGAACUGACCCGUCGGCAAAAGGUGCUAGUCUGGGACGACGAGGUUGAGGUCGUCGACGAGACUGCCGAGGAUCCUUUCGACUUCACCGGCCCACUCUCUGCAUCAUCAAUCACAUCUAUGCCCUCGAUGUCCAAGCAUCGCAGGGCGCAGAGUCACGGCGAGGUAGAUUCACCGCCAGCAAUGCGGCGGACAUCGACCGACGCCAUACCACGGCCUGUCCCUUUCUCGGCGAAGUACCAGCGCGUGCAUCCUGGGACAACGGGGGUUACUGUCCUGGAACAUAUGGAGCGCCUCGACGCUGUAGAAGCGAGUCUCCAGAAGCUAGGUUCUGAAGACCCGGGAAUACCGGAUGACGAGGAGGAGAUGGACGUUGGGGAAUCAUCUUCCUCUGCAUCCAAGUCAACGUCGCAGGCACAACCGGCAGAGGCGCCCAGACGGCCCGAGCAGCCGUCGUCAAGUUCCCUCUUCUCACCUCCGACACGGGCUGAGAAUCUGCCACCGGUCCCUGAAGACGACGACAGUGCUGAGCAUGAAAACGGUCUGGUGGCUUUGUCGAUGUCCGUGCCACAACUGGACACUCCUAUACGUAACCCGCGUUGGACGACGCACGGUGGGCCCCGACAAGACCGACGCAGUUUCGACUGGAUGCGUCCUGAACAAUUGGACAGUACCAAGAAACGCACUGCCAUAGUAGAGCGUCUCGAGACCGUAGACACCAAGCCGUUCUUUUCCUUCUGGUAG